CAUGAGUAGUACCACCCCUUCUUCUACUCUCCCUGAUUGGGUUGGAAAUGUCGAUUUAAAUCAAAUGGAUACCCUGCAUCAAUUUUAUUAUUUAAUUCGUUCAAACUUUUCAGAGUUGGAAAUUACAACCUAUGUAUCCCUUGCAUAUAUCUUUGUAUUGUAUGGAAUCUUGUCCUUGCCAUGGUUUUUAAUUAAGAAAUUCAAGCCUUCUUUCCUCUACAAGUACAAACUUCAAUUGAAAGAAGAAGAAAGGUUAACAGAUUGGAAUUGUGUUUUUCAAUUAGUACUUAAUCACUUGUUGCUUUUACCAUUGCUUUAUACUGGAUAUCCUGUUCUUAAAUGGGUUGGUGUGAGUUAUGAUAUGAAUAUUCCACCAUGGUGGGAUAUGGUUGGACGUUCCUUGAUUUUCUUAGUGAUUGAAGAUGCUUACUUUUAUUGGAUUCAUCGUUGGUUGCAUACUGAAUGGGCCUAUAAGCAUAUUCACAAAAUGCAUCACGAAUAUCAGACACCAAUUGGUUACUGCUCAUCAUAUGCUAGUUGUACAGAGUUUGUCUUGUUGGGUGUUGGUUCGUUUAUUGGACCAUUCCUUUUUGGAAUUCCACACAUUAUUGGAUGGUGGGUAUGGAUGACAAUUCGUCAAAUUGAAGCCAUUGAUACACAUACAGGUUUCUACUUCCCAUGGUGUAUGAGUAAUUUAAUUCCAUUCUAUAGUGGUCCACUUCAUCACGAUUUCCAUCACAAGACUUACAAUGGAAAUUAUGCUUCAACAUUUACUUGGUGGGAUUAUUUGUGUGGAACUGAUAAGAAUUAUCGUGAAUGGUUACAAAAACAAAAGAAGAAGGCUCAAGAAUAA